AAAGUUCUUGAUGGAGGAAUUAAUCAUAUGGUUAUUGCUACAUAUCGUUUGGGUAUUUCCAGCAUUUUUCUUUUUCCAAUCGCUUAUUUUUGGGAACGGAAAACAAGGCCGAAGCUAACUACAAGCAUCUUGUGUCAGCUUUUCGUCAGUGCCCUUUUUGGGGCGAGUUUGAUGCAAUAUUUCUACUUGCUUGGGAUGAGUUACACUUCUGCCACGUUGGCAUCGGCUUUCAUGGGCACAAUUCCUGCCCUCACUUUCAUCAUGGCUUUAAUAUUUGGAUUUGAAAAGCUAAAUAUGAAAACAAAAUUUGGAUACGGCGUCAUUCUUGGAGCUAUGAUAAGUUUAGCAGGAGCUUUAAUGCUUACAAUGUACCAAGGCAUUCCAUUAUCGAACUCUCAAGAACAAGCAACGAUUUCAAACAUCCAGACAGCAGAAGUACAUGUGCAUUGGAUCAAAGGCUGUUUUCUUUUAUUCACAGGAAUUACACUCUUCAGUUCUUGGAUGCUUAUACAAGCCAAGAUCAACGCGAGUUACCCUUGUCCAUACUCGAGUACCGUUAUUUUAUCUGUCUUUGCAUUCUUUCCUGUCGUACUUAUGUCCGCAACUGUGUUCGACUUCGUGAUACUUCAUCGUAUGGUUUAUUUAGGAAGCGUUAUUGGAUCUGUGGUGGUUGUGAUGGGUUUAUACAUAUUUUUAUGGAGCAAGAGCAAACAAACAGUUGACUGUAAGAUCAUCAAGUUACCUACAAAUACGGUGGAAGUAGAAAAGGAAGAGGAAGACCAUACAAAUGCUUACAAAUUAGGCCGUCUUUUGGUUAUCCCCAUGACUCCUUGA